GUUUACCAAGGUGUUUACUCGCGAUGUCACGUGGUACCACCCGCUGACGUAGGAGACGACAAGUCCAUUCCUUCGGCCACUUCGGCUCUGGCGCACAAAACAAACAACUUCCUCGCCCCUACGGCUCACGUGCGACAGCCGCGAGUGUGCUCACUGCUCGCUGUCUUUGCAUCUAAACUCUUAGCUGUAAUCUUUGUCACUGCAAAUACGGCACUUAUCUCCAGCGUUCCUGAAGCCGCCUGAACAACGUAUCUCAUGAAACAACCCUAAUUGUGUACGAGAAGACGACGUACGAUGACCGUGCGAGACAGACAGUCGUCGAGGAAACUCCCCAUAUACCGACGCCGCCUCCGAGCCCCUUCUGCAUCAAGGAGUCCGUCAAGGAAUACAGGGACAGAGUGCGGCCCGACUGGUGGCAAAAGGUGACCGAAGAAGACGACCAAGCCCUAAAGCUGAAGAGAGGCCAGUCCAGGUAUUCCCCUUCUGCAGACGGAAGCGAUGGCCCUUCAGGCAGCAAAAGGGUCAAGUCGAAAACCAAAAGAGCAGAUGGCUGACGAGCUGGUGGCAGCGCUGCCGGCUUGUUCCCUGGAGCAAACAGCCACACACUCUCUGGCGGAACCCGCAGACUGCGCUUCGCAUUGCGCAACCUGUGUAAGGUGCAACAUGACCACUUCCCUCCUUCGUCUGCAACGCAGCUUCGACGAACGGGGCAUCGAGCUGCUCGCAGACUGCACCACGGACUGCUGGCUCAACAGGCAGCUGGACAUCUUGAACAACAUCCUUUGCAAUGUCAUCAUGAGCUUAGAGAGACGGACGCCUGGCACGCUGUCUCUCUUGACGCUCACGUCCUUGAAGAGUUCCGAGAUGAACGUCGACGCCAACCAGGCACUGGCACUGCUGCUCGUCUUGCUCCAGCUGCACGGGUGCAUCGAGGAACUGGACUUCGAGGAUCGCCACGCCAUGGGACCGGACGUGCUCACCGUGCUUCCGGCGGGUAUCUCCAAGAGCUGGAGGCUGAAAUGUCUGAACCUAAGAAUUUCAACUCCGCUGCCGGCGGGGCUCGGGCAGUGGUUGAGGUUCCAGACUGUCCGCUGCUUCGGUUUGAGCAAUGUCGUCAUCUCAGCGCAGGAGGCUGAGGAGUGGUCCCUGUUUGUGGACAGCUGUCCUUCUCUGCAGAGGGUGGUGCUGAGCCUGAACUACCUUGACGAAAUGUCGUCCUGUGCAGUGCUGACAGGUCUCAGCCGAGCCAGCAAGCUAACCGAGCUAACCAUUAAGAACAAUAGGUUAGGAGUGAAGGGCUUGCAAACUCUUUCUCGUGCUCUAAAAGAGAGGUCAAUUUUGACAUCUCUGACCCUGUGGAAUUGUGAUCUCUCAGCCAAGCACAUGGAACCGUUGGCGGACGUCGUGGCAGAAGGCUGUACCAUCAACACACUAGAUCUGUCUUGCAAUUUCAGGAUUGGUGAUGAAGGCAUCAAAUGCCUCUCCGAAUGCCUGCACAAGAACAGGACGCUCAAGAGAUUGUGUCUUACUAAUGUAGGUUUGUCUUCAGACAUUGGUUGUGGAAGCCUAGGAGCACUUCUGGCUGCGAACACUACCAUUGAGUGCCUAAACUUGUCGGAAAAUCACAUCAACGACAUUGGCAUUGCUUGCAUGGCCGCAGGACUUGAGAGCAACGCCACUUUGAAAACAUUGAUUCUCGAAAGCGUCAGAGCAGGUGCAGAUAGUGUGGUUGUUCUUGCAGACGUCGUCCUUGCAAAGUCUGGGAGACUCAGGGUCAGGCUUGGCAAAGUUAAGGUAGCAGGGGCUGACUCUAUAAGGUUGGCUCUGAAGCUGAAGAAUAAUAGAGCACGGGAACACCUGGAAGUCUUUUGGGACUCCAACAGCGUAGCGAACCUUGUCGAUAUGCUCAAUCGAUGCACGCACAUGGACGAGCUAACCCUACCGGACAUCACAUUUGAACGUGGUGCCACAGGAAGCCCAAACUGCUUCAGCACUCUUUUCGAAGGACUCUGUGCUAGCGACAACGUAAGGGCACUGACAGUCACGAACGCCGACAGCGUCGGAAGUGAAGAGGCAUUCUCCAAGUACCUCUCGAGGACGAGGACGCUAGAAAAGCUCAGAUUUCUCUAUGGUGCAAUCGUUCGGACAGACAACCACAUCAUGGCGGGACUCGUUGACAACUUGUCUCUAAGAGAGGUUCAUUUCGGCGACUCCUUAUUCGCGAGCAGUUCGGCACUUGCAGAGGUGUUGCACCGAAACUCGACCUUGGAGGUGAUAAAGUUCUACCACUUUGAAGUUGAGGAACUUGGGAUGACCAAGCUGAUAAUAAACCUCAAGUCCAACACGAGCCUGGUUCGGUUUGAGACCAACCCAGGCUGCAUACCGCCGAAGUUCUACUUCCGUUUCCACGACCUGUUGAGGAGGAACUGGGACCUUUUGGUAUGUGCCGUGGCAUUUGUGCUGUAUGGCGUCCAAGACAGAGCUUCGGCGGAGGCGUUCGAAGGGAAGCGGCAUUCGGCCGAGCUGCAGGCAAAAGUUGCUUCCCUUGGGAUGGUCUCCAAGGAAGAGGCUGGGUGGAUGAUAAGGAGGGCUGAAUUCCGCAGAAGGAGCGAGUUCUUUCUUCUUGCAGGAGUGGUUCGUAAGGACCUCCGCUGCCUCCCAACUGCAAGCGGUCAGCCGCAGCUCGAAAACCUGGGUGAAGUGCUGUGCGAGAUUGCUUCGUACCUGAGCAUUAGCGAUGUUCGGGGAGGUUUGACGCCCUUACGAUGGACAGUCCCAGCAAGUCGGUGUCGCCAAUGGCUGCGCCGUUGACUGUGGAUUCAUGUUCAGCAAGAACUGUAUUCGUGGAACGAUGGAGGCAAAGUUCUGGUAUCGGCCUUGCCUCGUUUUGUUUUGCAGCACAGCUUGGCUGUGCUGUGGGAAAGUGAAUGUAGCUUUUGCUUUCUAUGUGGUGUACCGUCUAAGUAGACUAAAGGCAGAACUGAGUCAUUUUGGCCAUGAAAUGGCCAGCCUGGCUCUUGCUUGUAGAUUUUCAUGUUGCUAUGCAUGCACUGGAAGUGGAAAGAGUGUCAGUUCUGUACAUAGGAAGCAAAGGGCAGCCACUUCUGUGUCCCAUUUCUGCAGAUGUACAACUUUUUGUUUUUAUUUUGCUGACGGCGUUGUUCAGGGGUUAAUCUGCUUGAUGCUCCAACCUGAAAUUUGAAUAACAAGUCGGCAUACUCUAAUAUAAUAUUUGGAGGUGCAUUUCAGAGCGGUGUCACAUUUGUCUUGUAAAUAAACAGUGGUCAAAAUAUUUUUAUGCCUUCAAUCAUUGUAGUGUGCAAAGAUGGUUACUAAAUUUGAGGCAAAGUUUAAGAGUGAAAACAUUAAUCUGGUAUUCCCAUUCCUUUAGUGAGCCAAGAUUUCAACUCUUCACACACUCUUCUUUUAUGUGCCUUCCAAGUGGAAUUAACUAUAGUAACAUGCCUUUAUCACAUCUAUACAGUAAGAAUGAGGACUUUCUUGGUGAUGCACAAAUGUACCUGCGCAUUUUUAAGCUAUGUAUUAAAUCCAUGUUCCAACAAGGG